AACCCCAGAGCCUGGCAAAGUGGCAAUCGCAAAGAGCUGCUCUCCUCUCGUUCCAUCCAAAAUGACAUCCGCCUGCCUCUCUCUCCGUUCUCCGGCCUCCUCCCCCUUCCCCUCGGCCGCCGGAGUCGGCAGCUGCGUCCGCUGGGCCCAACCAUUGCCCCCCAAACUCUUCCGCUCGGCGCUCCCGCCAGCCGCCAUGCCCGCAGUGCCCCGGAGGCUCCUUCUGCCGGCCGCUGCCGGUAUUUGGGACUUCCUCUCCGGCGGAGCAAGCGGCGCAGCCGCCGCGUCCCUCGCAGUUCGGCGAGAGGAGCUCCUCGCCCCAUGCCCCGCUCCAUCUACUAUUUGGCCAUUGCAGGGAGAUGUGGCUGGCUCAGUGGCGGAGUUCGAUCGGGCGAUUGAGUUGGAUCCGCGGCAGAAAGCAUAUCUCUGGCAAAGGGGGUUAUCAUUGUACUAUCUGGACAGGUUCGAAGAAGGCGCAGAGCAGUUCAGGCUGGAUGUUGCUGCCAACCCCAAUGACACGGAGGAGUCGAUAUGGUGCUUUCUCUGUGAAGCUCAGCUGUAUGGAGUAGAAGAAGCAAGGAAACGCUUCUUGGAGGUCGGUUUAGAUGGAAGACCUGUAAUGCGUGCAGCUUACGCGAUGUUUAAAGAUGGUGGGGACCCUGAAAAGCUGGCUUCAAACUUUUCUAGCAGCUCUGAUGGUGAACUCUUCUAUGCAUCGUUAUAUGCUGGACUUUACCAUGAGUCGCAGAAGAAUGCGGACUCUGCAAAAUCUCACAUUGUUGCUGCAUGCAAGUCACGAUAUGGAUCAAGGUCCGGUGAUUACAUGGCUUCUCUUGCAUUAGUUCAUUGCCAGUGCCGCAACUGGACUCUUGAAGGACAGGAAUCGUGACAUACAGAUUGUGUAAUCAUUGUCAUUGGAGCCAGUAAAUAGACUGCACCUUAGCUAUAUUCCUCCAUAGCACAGAAUGUGGGACGUACAUAUAUGGGAUUGGAGUUCUGAUUCUUAUUUAUUAAAGACUUUCGAGGUAAUAUACCAUCUUAAUAUACUUGCAGCUUCUAACAUUAAGUCAUUCAUCAAUCAUUGGCGGAUUUUCA